AUGUACGUUUUGAACAAGAAGAAACGGGGGAGUUUCGACUUCUCCCGCGGCGACUCGAUCGAAGCCUCUUCGAUCUACACCAUCCUGAAUGGUACCAGAAGCGGCUCGUUUCUCGUCGAGGGACGUCAAGAGGACGCUGAGGAAUUUUUGGGUCUACUGCUGAACGGACUGAACGACGAAAUGAUGAAUAUUUUGAAUGAACAAAUCACGAAACUGAACAAAGCUUCUCCAACGAUCGAAAUGACGAAGAAAACUUCUCCGAAACACACUCAAGGGAUGCUGUAGAUAAUGCAGAUUAAAUCAAGUAGAAGGUAGGGGAAAGGAAAUGAUUUUAUAUACAUUAAUUAUUCAACUUGUUUGACGUAUGUGAAUAUAAUGUUCAACAAUAUAUACUUAUUCCUUAGUACACAGUUCUAUG